AUGGCCACACACCCCUAUAGCCUGAAACUGUUAAACACCUCAAUAAAAAGAAAAGUAAAAAACGUUGAGGUAUUUAAAUCUAAUAAUUCCCUUUACACAAAGUUCAAGGGGUUAAGUAAAAAGUGUGAGAGAGAAAUAAAUAAGGAAAUAAUUACUUUGAGAAGCUAUUUAUUUAAAAAAGAUGAAGCAUAUUUAAAUGAAAAGGACAUCAGCAAAAUACUUAACAAAAUUAUUAAAAAAAAAAUUACGAAUGAAUAUAUAUGGAAUAGUAUAAAAAACUUAAUUUUCAAAUUUAAUUUGAAAUGUUUACACAAUAGUUUGGACAUAUCAUCUUGUGUACAAAAUAACAACGUUUUGGUUAGCCCAAACAAAGUAGUAGGAAAUUACAAUAAAAAUUUUGACCACAUAAAUGUGUAUUUACUGGCUAUAGCUAUACAAACUUCAAAUAAGAGAAGUGCUUGUUUGUUUAAUUUCCUUUUUUCCUAUUUGACAUGUUUUUGUGCAAAUAUUGAACCAAGGCACUUCCUCCAUAUAUUCUUGGUGCUAGUAAAAAACACAUAUCGCGAUUUAAAGUUAGAUCAAGCAGAGGAAAAAAAAAAGAUAUGCUACAAGGGGGCAAGUGAUGUUUGCAUUAGUAAUAGUUACUCACGAAAUGAUACUUCCACGAACUACUACCCUCCUGUUGAGCAAAGAUAUAAGGACAAAAUUAUCAUCUCCCAAAAAAAAUUCAUACAACUCUUAACACAUUACUGUACUGACAAUAUAAAUUUUUUUUCCUUUAAUGAAAUAGGUUUAAUAUGUGAAGCGCUUUGCCAUUUUUCCCUAAAAGAAAAUCCAUUCGUCGAAUAUUGGAAUAGUUUCCUCUUUUACACCUUCGAAGUGAGCUCAAAAAAGGGAGUCAAAAAUGUGUGCAGAGUGGAAAAUAGUGAAAAUAGAGGAAGUAGUGUAAAUAGUGAAAAUAGAGGAAGUAGUGUAAAUAGUGAAAUUAGUGGAAGUAGUGUAAAUAGUGAAAUUAGUGGGAGUAGUGUAAAUAGUGAAAUUAGUGGAAGUAGUGUAAAUAGUGAAAUUAGUGGAAGUAGUGUAAAUAGUGAAAUUAGUGGAAGUAGUGUAAAUAGUGAAAUUAGUGGAAGUAGUGUAAAUAGUGAAAAUACUGGAAGUAAUGAAAACGGUAAAAACAGCAAAAACAGCAAAAACAGCAAAAACAGCAAAAACAGCAAAAACAGCAAAAACAGCAAAAACAACAGAAAUCAUGAAAACGAUAAAAAUAACAACUGUAAAAAUAGUGCAAAUUAUUGCUCAACGUUAUGCACGGACAAUAAUAUUUUAACAAAAAAAUAUGAACGUUCAGAAUUAUUUACAAAAAGGAAAAGAGCAAAAAAUUAUGAAAAUCGCACGUGUAGUAAUAUUCAUUAUGACAAAUUUGUAGAACUGAAUGGAAGAAAUGUACUAAGUAUUCUUAAAUAUAUUCUUAGUUAUCGUAAUUUAUUUCCAGACAUUAUAUACAUAGGAAGUAAGCUCAAGAAAAUUUUUUUUAAUAUUAACCUUGAUACAAAUUUACAUGAAUGUUCAGAAAUUUUAUAUCACUUUAAAUGUAUAAAUGAGCUAAGCAUAACAUAUUUGAAAGAAAAAAUAAAUUUGUAUGAAUAUCAAUUUAAAGACGAAUUUAUAAAUUCUUAUUAUUUACAAUGUCUUUUAAAAAUAGCUCACCUGUAUUCCUACGAACAGUUAUCUAGUCAUAUUCCAUUUUUAAAUAUAUUUUUACACAAUAUACAUAAAUUUUCAACAGAAAAUGCAUGUUCGUUACUCGGAUUGAUAUUUAAAAGUUAUGAGUAUAGUUCAUAUAACAAUUCUGCUCCAAAGUUAAAUGCUACCAACAGUAGGAAAAUGUGCGUAAGGAGUGCCAUUGGGUGGGACACAAAUUGCACUGUCCAAACUUACUACAAUCACUCCCAUAACGACCUUUUCGUGAAGAAUACCUUUUUACACAACUCUGUCUGUUCCUCUACACACGAAAAUUGUCAAUCAGUAUUUCAUUUAAAUCAGUUUCGUGGAAUUAAAGAAAGUGCAUGUUUCUUUAACCCCAAUUGGGUGAAUGCCCCACCGAAUAGUGAAAAAAAAGAAAAACUAACAGGGAAUCGAACAAACAGGAAUAGUACUGUUUUAUUUAAUGAUGCUUCUUCAUAUGAUUACAAUAAGCUGCUGCUUAGUCUUCUCUCUACGCUGUGCUAUACAUGUAGCGAAAUAACUAAUAUUAUUUCAUACAAAGAAAUUCUUUUUUUAUGUGAAAUAUUGAGUACACAACUCUUCGUUCCUAAUUCAGUGCUUACCAGUAUAUACAAUCGAAUAUGUAAUGAUAUAGAAAAAGGUAAAUUUUAUCAUACUGACAUAUCCAUACAACAAUUAGAGUACUUAUUUUUCAUUGCUUGUUUUAUAUAUGACAAUAAUUUUGAAAAUACAAAGCUACUAAGAUGUUUAAUAAACUUAUUUUUAAAUAAAAAUAAAGAAGUAUCCUCAUUAAGAUAUAUGAAUAUUUAUGCAUUUUAUUUGUUGACAUUGAAAAAAGCAAGUAUCUUCAUUCCGCCGAAAUAUUUUAAUUUCGUACUGCAAAAUAUUACACUACUCAACUAUUCGAUGCUUUAUAACAAUCUUUUAAUUUAUUUUUUAAAAUGUUCAAAAAGGAACUAUAAACAUAUUGUAAGCGAAAGGACAAUAGAAGAAGCAGAAAAAAGGAGAUAUACAAGAGGUGGAUACAAAAUGGGUGGAUACAAAAUGGGUGGAUACAAAAAGGGUGAAUACAAAAAGGGUGAAUACAAAAAGGGUGAAUACAAAAAGGGUGAAUACAAAAAGGGUGAAUACUACAAGGGUGGAUACUACAAGGGAGAUAAAAAGAAGAAGUAUAUAGACAUUCCUUCCUUCAAAAAACUAACAACACAUUAUGCGUUAACAUCUCCUAAACAUAAAAUGAAUGCGCUUGUUUUUAAUGAAAAAUGCUUUAACACUGAGCUUCUUAAAAUUUUUUUGUAUCUGUGGAAUAUUACUUCCUCUAGGCCUGGGAGGAAAAUACUUGAUUUAUUAGUUGUAUUAAAUAUGUUUUAUGAUGAUAUAAAUAUACGUUACUACCUACUCAACAGUUGUACACUUAAAAAAAUAAAACGUUAUGUACACCUAUUGGCAGGAAAAAUGGAUAAACGAUUUGUUGUUUUCUGUAAAGAUAAAAUAAGAAAAAAAAUCAUUCAUUUUGAUUUAGACAAACUCCAAAAGAUUAGCAGUAACGCACAUUUAAGAGAUAAUAAUAAUAUACAACAAAAAAACGAUUUAUCAAAAUUAGAAAAAAUUAAAGAGAGCGAAAAUUACCUACUAAAUGAUUAUAAGCACAAGAAAAAUAUUGCUAUUAUAAAGGAUGUGAAAAAUGCUAAGUUGGCCAAGUAUUUUACAAAUUGCAAAAGGGGUGCACCCGUUCAACAAUUUUUGUCCAUAUAUUGCGAAUAG